AUGGCGUCUGGUUGGAUGUGGUUGUCGCCUGAUUCGGACUCGGAUGAAGACGGGGUUGUGAAAUACAGUCCCGUCCACCUGCCUGGUGGGCUCGUGGUCUGCUAUCGCCAUCUUCGGGUCAUCUGCUCCCAUUGCUGCGUUGACUACAGCCUGACACGCCACGAAGACGACAAAGAAGAGGAGGAGGAGGAGGAGGAGGAGGACGACGACGACGACAACGAUGAUGACAAAGACGAAGGCCGGGUGAUUCCCAAGAGGUUCAAGGGCGGCGAUCUAGACCACUUCAGCUCGCGUCUCGAAAUGAGCAACGCCAACAUCCGCUACCGAGACAGCCGCGACCCGCAACGCAUGCUCAUUUACACCGACGGCGCGUGCCUGAACAACGGACAGGCGGACCCCCGCGGGGGCUGGGCGUUCGAUUGCUCAUCCGUCGUUGUGCAGGGCCGGCUCGAGCGCCGGGGGCCCUGGGCUGGGCGCAAGGAGGAGGCAGUGACGGCGCAGACGAGCAACAGAGCGGAGCUGCGCGCCGUCGUGGCCGCGCUUCGGUACUGCGACUGGGCUCAGGGGGGCAGGUUCACCAGCUUGGUGAUUGCGACGGACAGCGAGUAUGUCGUGCAGGGAGCCACGUCGUGGGUAAAGGGCUGGCUGCGGAACGGAUGGCAGACGAGGGGCGGGGGGGAUGUCAAGAACAGGGACCUGUGGGAGUGCCUGCUCGGGGAGGUCGAGAAGGCGAGCGACCGUGGCUUGAAGGUCGAGUUUUGGCGGAUCCCCAGGGACGAGAACACGGUGGCAGAUGAGGCAGCCAAGAAGGCUGCCGAAGGACCUGCCCCGGAAUAUUUCCGCAACGUUGUGGUUUCGUGA